AUGGAGCUAUAUGAGUCUUGUGUGCCUGGCGACACCGUCUUCAAUCCCCACAGCGAUGGCAGACAAGCUCUGACUCGCAUCCCCACUAGGACGAUGGGAAAUUUGGUGAUCGGGUACUGGGUUUCCGAGGCAGCGUACUCCGAAGGAUUUUUUGGGGGCACAAACAAUGCCAACAGUGACUCAGACAGAGUGCACUUAGUCCAGACGGUCUCAAUAAUGAAAAUGUCGCCUUUGGAAGACACCCAACCAGCUGCACAAACUCACCAAGUUGAUCUCGAUGAGCUUCGACGCCGUCUACAAGCCCUCAAAGAGCAAAACUCGCUGGACAUCGAAGAAGGCUCCGACCUCGAAAGUGCCCGUGCGAAAGAAAGAAGUCAGAGCAGAUUGGCCGCAUUUCAGAACGGUGUGGCCCGUCUAAUUUCGGCCCCUAGUGUCACGACUACAUCCUUGCGCCCCCUAACCAGCCUUGCUUUAAUGGGUGGUUCCAUUCUCUCAGGAUUGGUUGGAGUGCGUGUCAUUCGCCGGCUAGGUCUAGCAGCUCGUGCCCGCAUUAGACAGUCCAUGAAUACUUGGUCCAGCAGGAAACGGCUUCUUGCCAAAAAGGAGAUCCUACCCUGCUGUUUUUCUCCCGAUCCUUCAGCUGAUCGCGACAUCAGCAAUGCUAGCCCGGAAACAAUAGCAUUUUGUAAACAAGAUCAGUGCCAUUAUUGUAUCUUCAUUUAUGUGCGAUCGAACGAAGUGGAUGAAGAACUGCACCCGUUUUUCCUUCAAAAAUGCCUAAACAUGCUCAACUCUGCUGACAUCAGCGACGAGGAGCGCGCCCGCAUGAGGGCCACGCUGGCGAUGCGCAGUGCGAUGCGCGACCGUCGCCUGAGGGCCAUCGAGGUGCAGACCAAGUGUCGAGUCCACCUCGGCAAGUUGGCCGGCAGCAGCUCCGUCAUCAAGGGUCUGCCGCGGCGCCGCUUGACCAUUAUUGGUCCCGCGUUCACCAACAUCUGUCGGGCCAUCGAGAUGAUGGAGGCGAUGUUCCCGCGAGUGAUGCGUUUCGCACUCUACCCCUACCGGCUGCCAGCGACCUGCGACUCGAGGAAGUUCCAGUCUAAUCGCACCUUUGCACAUCAUUACAUCAAUGCUGCGCCCAGGCAAUCAGGCUGCAUCGGUUUAACGGUUAACAUCGACGAUUGGAGCAGUUGGCGCAAAUACCUCUCGCCUAAGAAGCGGGGCCCCUGUUGCGGCAAAGACGAGGGCUGGGCCGCCAUUCCGUCGCCAGCAGCGGAUCCUCAACACCACAUGGCGAAACAGGCCGCAAGUCUUUUGAGCUACACUCAAAAAGGCGACUGA